CUUGUUGUUCUGCAUUCCUUUGUGUGUGCGGAUGAUCUCGACCCUCGAUUCCUUCCUAUUUCUCCCUUGAUCGUACUUCUCUCUCUCUCUCUCCCCUCUGGCCCAGUCUCGAACCCGAACUCUCGCCUCUCUCCUGGUGAGACUCGAGGGCUGGUCCCGCCGAUAAGAGGACCCUUUCCGACUCCCCUACUCUGAGUUACUGAGUUGUCCGCUGCCCCUCCCAGUCCCCGGCUUCCGUGGGCCCUAUCCCGUCCCUCCCUCUGCUCCAUUCCAUGCAUCCUCGCCUUAGGUCUUCUAUAUAAUUGUAGACCCGCCUGAGCCACCCGUCCUCCCACUGCUCGCCUUUGCCUUUUGCCCAUCUUCAGUCUUCCCCCCUACCCCAGGGAGUCGACCCCCGUUCACCGCCUAUUAUUCCGCGUGAACCCCCCCCACUGUAUAUAUAUUUGAUAUAUGCAUGGACCACCCUAGCUGACAUUGACCAUGUCAUUGCGCUCUACGGCCGAUUUCGCGGAGGACUUGGCAGCUGGCUUUUGCAUCUUCCGCGACCCUCUACCGGAGCAUGCCACCGAAAUCACCAGCCUGGUGGCCGACCUCUAUUGCAUCAGCACCGCUCUCAAAAGCCUGGAGGACCUGUCAUGCAACCGGGCCUCCCGUAACAACUACCCUGCCAUCCGACUGGACCUCGAAUUGGUCCGUACCAGCCUCAAGUACACGCUCGAAGACGUAUAUGAGUUCUUCGGCAAUACCGACACGCGAAAAGGCCCCAGCCGCGAGGCCCACAAGCGAACCUGGGUCGAGCUCUGCUCUUAUUUCAAGGAGCAAUCCCAGGACUCGCUGUCUACCCGGUUAGCCAUAUACAAGCGGUUCCUGAAUGAUCUGGAGUGUAUAAUGAAGGAUAAGUUUCCUGAUACCCGGCUGAUGUCCUCGAUCCGCAACAACCUCAAAGGGCUACUGGUCCGGCAGGACAGUCGACUCGCACCGCGUUUGGGCUCCCUCUCGCUGGGCUCGCCGGCCACCUCCACCAGCAGCAGCAGCAGCAGUAGCAGCAGCAGCGCUGACCCGGGGAGUCCGGCCAGUGACCGGAGGCCUCGCACCCGCCGGUCGUAUGAGCGAGCCCGGCCAGCUCAUGCCUCGCCCCAAUCGCCCACCUCCACGUCGUCGGCCACGUUUUCCGACAUCCCACCCUCUGCUCCCGAUGCCCCGGAAUCUCCCACCGCUAGCACGAGUGCCACCAGCUACUCUGUGAACUCUAGUAUUACCAGCGACCAUUGGGCCAAACGAGUAUUCCAGGGCGAUCAUUCAACAACCCCGAUCCCCUAUGUCGGCGAAAGCUCGAAAUGCCUCGGGGAGGUGAAAAAUGGCGUCAAAGGCUGGCUUCAUGAAGAAGAGUUCGAAGAGGUGGUUGAACUAGGAUUCGGUAGUGAAACGAACCUUCACGUAUCGUUCUACGUGCGAGAAGAAGAUCAUCGCGCACGGAUUGUGUGUAAAUCUCGCGGCUCCACCCGAGCCAGCGAGUACUUCUGCCUGCCGUUGAACCUGCUGGAGAUCGUGCGCGUCGGUUCCUGCUUGCAGAUCUGUCGACGGCGUCGUGGGGGCUCGGAGCUUGUCUUAUGGGCCAAUCUCAAGUUCCACACCAUCGAAAAGAUGGUGAUUUUCUUCGGCACGUUCUUGGCGCUUCGAUCCCAGGACUCUGGUCGGCCCGUGGAGCGUAUUCGUGAUUACGAGCUCGAGGACGAGGACGAGCAUUUCGGAGGGCAAAUCGUCGAUGACGACUAUCUUCACGCCCUGCGCGUAUACCGGGAUAACGUGUCCGGAGCAGUCAGGCUGCAAGCGUCAGUCCACAAAGGGGAAAUGAAGCGAAUGCCUGUGUGGACUGCCUUCAUCACAGAGCACAUCGGCACCAGAGGCUGGAUCCGUCGCACCGAGUCCAAGGUCGUCGUGCUGCGCGAGCUGAGGCGGACCAUUUUCACCUUCCCUGACUAUAACCCGCCCAUGACACCCAAGGGGGAGCAUAUCUUACGGUUCACGAAUCGAUCCGAUGCCCAGGGCUUCAUGGACACGAUGGUCGAACUCGCGGAUCUAUGAGAUGAGAUGAGAUGAGAUGACAACGAAUUACGAAUUGCAUAGCGGCCGCUGGCUGCAAAAGGACGAAGAAUAGUAAUAACGAUUGAUGAUUUACGAAUUAUGACGAUAUGACCUACCUACCUACCUACCUACCAUGAUGACGGUUGUUGCUUGAAUGUUUUUUGAUCAAAUCUACACUUGCUGCACUGCACAGAUAUGAUUCCGAACCAGGGAGUGGAGUGGACUGGAGUGAUCGAUACCCUGAUACUCUGAUACCCUCCGUUCGUCUUGAGUGGAUUGGACGGACGGAUUUUGUAUAAACCAUGUUUCCAAAAGAAUAACUUAAAACAAG